CUAAUCGUGUCUUCGAAUUUGCUUUCCCCUCCCAAUUUGGUCUUUUCAACAUCUUCUUUACCGAGUUUGAUCCUUCUGUGGAUGGCAUUGCAGGGGAUCGAUUGAAUCCAUGGAGGUUGUUUUAGAGGAGAAAGACGCACCCAACUGGAUUUACAGAGGAGAAGGGGCUGCGAAUCUUGUUCUUGCUUACAACGGAUCUUCUCCUCAUUUUGUCGGAAAAGUGAUACGCAUACAGAAGGCUCUCCGGAAUGGUUCCCAAUGUAUUACUGAUACCUCAGUUUUGUCCUCACAUGAAUGUCUUCUUUGGAAAGAUACCAAUGACCUUGUGUCAUCCACUUCAACGGAAGCUGUUCGGCAACUAUUUGUGCACUAUGUGAUGAGACCCUUGCUAGGCUCUGAAUAUGUUGAUGCUGGGGCCGGUGUCCUUGUGUCUAGGAAAUUCUUGGAGUCUGUCGAAAACAAUGUUUCCGUUCAGCGUCCUGCUUGGCGAGUAGAUGCUGCCAAGGUUAAUACCCUGUGUGAUUCAGCUCUUCUUAUUUCUGAUCAUUCAGUUUUUCCUCAUGGUCUUCUUAAAGAUAGUCCAUGCAUAUCAGUGGAAAUAAAGGAAGCACAGCCCAAGUGUGGAUUUAUUCCAUGUUCAAGAUUCAUAGCUGAAGGUAAUGCUAUUAAAAGGAGUAUAACUCGUUUCAGAAUGCACCAAGUCCUGAAGCUUCAUCAAGGAGAGAUUUCACAGAUAAGUGAGUACGACCCACUAGAUCUGUUCUCUGGAUCCAGUGACAGAAUACAUAUGGCUAUCAAGGCUCUCUUUGCCAUACCGCAGAACAAUUUCCGCAUAUUCCGCAAUGGUUUUCUGGUUUUUGGGGACUUGGGAGGUGGCACUGGCAAUACUAAUUUCGUGGAUAGUGAGGCAGUUGAAGAUUCGCUUGAGGUUCUUAUCCAAGCGGAUCAUGGCCUGCGUACAGAAAGUUUUCUACACCUUGUAUCUGAGGCAAUUUUGAGAUCUGGAGUGUUGGACCGGCUUUUGAAAGCACAGAAGCUUGAUCUGUUUGACAUUGAAGGGGCUAUUCAUGCAUACUACAACAUUGUUUCUCAGCCUUGCGAGGUAUGUAAAGAUUUGGCGGACAGCGAACUGUCACACAUAUAUUUGUCUCUGCAUUCUCUUUCUUUGGAAGAAAGCCUGAAGAUUGUGAGGGAUUAUUUGAUAGCGGCAACUGCAAAGGAUUGUAGUCUGAUGAUCAGCUUUAGACCAAGGGAAGACGGGGAUCAAGGGUCCCCGCAUAGCACUGUAUAUUUGAAAUCAACAAACCAAAGCUUCGACUGCAAGGUGCAUUUCAUUGAUUUGGAUAUGAAACCCCUGAAGAAAAUGGUUCACUAUUAUGAAUUGGACCAGAAGAUAGUGAGCUGCUACACUCAAAUGGAGAUGGAGCAUGGACCAUCAAAUAUUGCUAGCAAUGUGGGUUUUGAAGCUAAUGAUAUUCAACCCAAUACCAUCGAUGAAUGUCCUCAGUGAAUUUUGAAG